AUGCGCUCUGCGAUAUGGCGGCUGUCAAGAGCUCUCGCUGAACCGGCACGGUCAUUGACGAGCCUCAAACCAAUCCCGUCCGUCGCAUCAUCCCACCGUGCCGGGCUACGAUUUUCCUCCACCGUAUCUGCUGCCGAUCUCACCUUCGGUCAACCCGUCCACGAGACUCACCCGCAUCUCCUUGCGCCUGGGGAGCUCACCCCAGGAAUUAGCGCCCAAGAAUAUGCCGACAGGAGGACUAGGUUGGCAGCGAAAUUGCCGGACAAGGCCAUCGCAAUCGUAGCCGCGAGUGACAUUGUCUUCAGAUCUGGCAGUGUCUUUUACGAAUUCCACCAGGACCCCGACUUCUUCUAUCUGACUGGAUUCAACGAGCCAGAGGCAGUGGCCGUCAUCGGCAAAGAUGCUACAGGCACAGACCAUACUCUGCAUCUUUUCGUGAGGGAGAAAGACGCCAGCGCUGAGCUCUGGGAUGGUGCUAGAUCGGGUACGCAGGCCGCUCGCGAUGUCUUCAAUGCCGACGAAGUUGGAGACAUCAGUCAAUUGAAGCAGACCCUUCCUGAUCUUGUCGGCGAGGCAUCGCACGUCUAUACCGAUAUCACUCAGCCCGAUACCAACCAGAGCGCCCUGCAGCGUUUCCUCUACGGCCAGUCGAAGAAGACGACCGAGUUCGCGGAGCUGGUUGGCUCAAGCAAAGUCGUCCGCCUACGUCCCACAAUGAACGAUCUUCGCGUUGUCAAAAGUACUGCCGAAAUCGACCUCAUGCGCACCGCCGGAAAAGCGUCAGGCAGAGCCCACACCGAUGCAAUGCGGCAAGCAUGGACCCGGGAGAAGCAGCUGGAUGCUUUCUUACGAUACCGCUUUGUGGCCAAUGGCUGCGAUACCCUUGCAUUCGAACCAGUCGUCGCAGGAGGGAAGAACGGACUUGGCAUACAUUAUAUCCGGAACGACGAUGUGCUACAAGAUGACGAGUUUGUCCUCGUUGACGGCGGUGGCAAGUACGGCGGCUACAUUGCUGACAUUACGCGGACAUGGCCGGUCAAUGGAAACUUCUCCGACGCGCAGAGCGACCUGUAUCAAGCAGUGCUCAAUGUUCAGCGGUCACUUAUCUCCAUGUGUCGUGGCAGCGCGAACACAACGUUGGAUAAGUUGCACAACAUCGCUCAGACCCAACUGGCGGAUCAGCUGCGGCAGUUGGGCUUCGAUAUGUCGGGCAAAAAUAUUGAACAGCUCUUCCCCCACCAUCUCAGCCAUUACAUUGGGAUGGAUGUACAUGACACGACUGGAUAUUCAAGGCGAGCCGUUCUUGCGGAAGGCCACUGUAUUACCAUUGAGCCAGGCAUUUAUGUCCCUGACGAUGAACGCUGGCCCAAGCAUUUCCGGAACAUGGCCAUCAGGAUCGAAGAUAGUGUUGCGAUUCAGGAGGAUAGCCCUUAUGUGCUUACGACCGAAGCAGUGAAGGAGAUUGUAGAUAUAGAAGCUCUCCGGGCCUAA